GUCGUUUGCUACUAAGCUGAUUAUGCAACCCAAAACCUGUAUUCGUUUCAAGUAUAUCAAACGAUCUACUUCUUUGUAAUUGCAAACAGUUUCAGUUACUCAUGUAGGACAGUGUUAUAAGUCAGUGGAGUCUUGUCAAAAUGUUAGAAAAGGUUAUUCUUCAUUUAAGAGUCCAUUGAUAUUCAAGAAUUAACUAAAUGGAAUUCUCAAAUGUUCAGAAACAACAGCUUGUAAAGGCCACUCAGGAAAAGUAUGCUUUAUUUGAAAAAGCUAAGUGUGAUCUUUAUCAAAACGUUGCUGAGUUAAAAUCACAAAUCCGCUCACAAAUGAGUCGCCUUCUGGAAGCCUUGCAAAACCGAGAACUGCAACUCCUUAAUCAGGUGGAUAUGAUCAAAAGCUCAAAAGAAGAAGUAUUACAAAAUAAGUUAGCUGCUCUUAAUUGUAAGCUUGACAAGUUGCAACAUACAGUAAAAUGUUCUGAUGAAGAAAAUUAUGUUUUGGAGGAUAACUUUGAAAGCCUCUGUCUCCGUGAUAUGGUCCCUGAGGAGCCUAUGCACAUGACAUUUAAACCGACACCAGUUGGCUUGAAAGAUGUUGUGAUGAAUUUUGGUAAAAUCACUUCAAAUGGAAUUUCUUUCUCAACAUUUGCUGAGUCAGACACUUCACCAACCAGUUUAUCAAAACAAUCUGAAGAUUAUAGAAAUGCUGAACAUAAUGUAUCAUACAAAACAGUUGAACAAAUAAAGCAGGCUUCAAACUCUGAGAAAUCGCUUGUAACCAGUGAAUGGUUGGCCAAACCACAAAAGAAACAUUCUUUGAGCAAGAGCAGCACACCAAUUAAUUCUAAAGAUAUGUUUGCACCAUUCAAGACAUGUAGAACAGCUGACUGGUUGGCUAGCCCCAAAUCCCUGUCUCCUACACAAAAGAGCAGUUCUGUUUGUCUUGCUGAAUUACCUAAAAAUACAAGUAUUCAGAACUGGUUUCAUCAAAUAAAACAAAAUCAUGACUUUGAAGACGAUGGCUUUGAAAUUUUGGACACAGAAGAACUCAACAGUGAUGAAGAUACCGAUUCUAUUGAGAUUGUUUCAAGUAGCCCUGCAUCUGUAAAUAGUGAAAUAUUGAAGAAUGCUAUUGGAUGCAAAAGAACCCCUGAUAUAGAUAAGAGUGUUUGGUUGGCUGCUAAACGAAAGCCUAUGCCUCUUGGAAGGUCAUCCAAAACUUUGCCAACAUUUUCUUAUUUUAAGAAAGUUGCAGCCCAAGAUCCAAGUGUCUGGCUUGUUAAGAAAAAGUCUUUGAGUAGUAGUAAUAUGUCUACAAAACCAGUUACUUGCAGUGACCAUGGACUCGCUAAAAAUUGUGAUAUUGAAAACCUUGGUGAUUCUUCUUGUGUUGAGAACCUAACAAAGAAGUUCAGAGAACUUUCACAAGUUUCUAAAUGUCCUGAUCCUAAACUUAGUACAUUAAGCUUAAGCUCUGAUCAGUUACCACCAGUUAGCUCAGUGUGCAAAGCUAAUGAAGUUUGUGAGAAAUAUAGCGAGUGUGUUACUCAACCGAAUUGUGGUGAAAGAAAUUGGUUUGCAAAAGUGUUUACUGCUACUAAUAAUACGGAGGCCGUUAAUCACAUCAGCCAAAUUCCUGUCUUCAAAGCAGAUCCCCAGUUAGAUCAAUAUGCUUGUAAGAAAGACCCUUUUCAGCCAUUCCAGGCAACAGUUGAUUAUUCAUUCUGGUUAAAGAAAGGGAAAGACAAGGAAAAUAUGCCCCAAAAAUGUUCUAAUUUGAAACGAGACAGUAACAGUUUUUCCAGUCUAUAUGAUUGGUUAAGUCCAGAGAGUAAAAAAAACAUCCAGGUCUUAAAUGAAAAUAAAUUUAAAUUCUAGCAUAUUAAUAACUUGAGCAAGUUUGCUAAUCUCUAGUAGAAUUGGGAAUUAAAAACAAAAAUAAAACUAUAUAAACUAAGAUAUUAUAUUCAUUAAUUAGAAAGUUUAAUUAAUCACUAUAUUAGGUAGGACACAUUUUUCUGUUGAUAAUAUAGGAUUUGUUUUUGUUAAUCUUGUGUUUGUGUACAAAUGUAUUGGCAUAAAUACCUUCCAGUUGCAAUGGUUUGUGUGUGUCUCUGUUACAUAGAUUUGAAUAUAAGUAUAUGUAUGUGCUGUUUGUAUAUGUGAACGUGUGUACAAUUGUAUGUCACUUCUAGGUUGGUUUUAUAUUGCCUUUUAUGGAGAUAUUUUUUUUUUCUGUUUGGUGCUCAUUUGAGGUCUGUAAUUAAUAGACUUAGUCUCUUUUUCCAAGAAUAUAAAGCCGGCUUAACUUUGUUCUUCCUAGUCUGUUGCUUCUAUAAAUGAUUAGAAUAAAACUGAACAUGUAUUUGGAACUAACUUCUAACAUGUGACUCAUAGAUGCUUUAAUUCUCUUAUAAUAGCUUUAGCAAUAGUGAUAUUGAACAAGUAGCAGACCACAUUCUUAUUUUGUAGUGCUUGAUUCAAAAUUAGGUGGGUUAUGCUGAGAAUAAUUUUAACUUUACUUUUAGUUUCCACCAAUAUUUUUUUAAAUUCAUUUUUAUUGAUUUGCACAUAUCCCUAGAACUUGUCCAAGUUUUUUUUUUACUGUGCUUAGGAUAUAUUUCUUCUCUUAGGCAAAGAGUGCUAACAACUGAUAAUCUAGGUGUAGUCUUUAUAAUGGUGUUUUAUUUUGUUCUAUGUAAAAGAACAAAUGAUUUAAGCUCUUUGGACUUAUCACCUGGAUAGCAAGGGAUACUAUUGGGAGAUCAUUGCUAUAGUCAAUAGUUUUUUAAGGUAGUUAGAAAUGUUGAAAUUUUAUCAAAAAUAUUUUAGUUCACUUAAAUAAUACAAUUACAAUGAAUAUAGUAAUAAUGUAGAUACAGAUAUUACCCCCUCCCUUAUUACAAACUAUUUUUCUAAUCAUAGUUGACUGGAUCUAUGUUUUGAUGAAGAUCAUUACAAAAUCGCCUUGAGUAUUUUUCUGUGAAUGAUCAUUCAAAUUUCAUUUAUUUUAAUGAUUGAUGACUGUCAGACAGCAAUAUACUUUCCAAGGAAACUAAGGGAGUAUUUUACAGCCUGGUUCUUAGAUCUGCUUGCUUUAAUCAUUUUUGUUUUAUCGUCUCUGUUUGUCAUUUUUGUGGUAGUUACCUGAUUCAUAAUGGGAUUUGAAUCUCAUUUGUUUAUAAAAAUGUUGAAAUCUCACCAAGUACAUAUGCUUCAAUAUCAAUGAAUUUCAGGUGGCUGUGGAAUAUAUUGGUCUCUUUACAAUGUAAUGACACCAUUUAUAGAUAGCAAUGGUGUACACCACCAUUUCUAUCUAUAAAUGUAUUUGUAUCUCUGUGUAUGUAUAUGUGCAUGAGUGCCUAUGUACAUUGUCUUCUAAAAUGACAUACAAUAAUAGUUCUGUUAUACAUAGUUGAAUGUGUGUGUACAUGAAGGAUUAUUGGCUCAUAAAUACUUUGUACUUUGUCUCACAUUCUAAAAUCAAGUAUUUAUCUUUCUCAAUAGUCUAAAACUAAUCAUAGGUUUAUUUUAAAAAAUAUGUUUUCCUUUUAGAAUGAUUUUACAAGCUAUCAACUAUAAGCAUGUCACAGAAAAGAUACACACACACACACACACAUACAUACAUAUGCUUAAAAUGUCAUCUUCCAUUUUGAUGUAUUGCAUUUGUAACCAAGAAAAUAAAUAUCUAGAAUAAAA